AUGUCUUCCUCAUACACUGGAACUUUCCCCACAAUCCAGUACCUCCCGGCCGUCAAGCCCAGUGCCGUCGCGCUGGGCACGCUCUUCACCCACACUACAAACCUGGCCAUCAUGUCUCCACUCUUCGGCGAGACAUACCGCAAGGCGAUGAAGGCAGACUCCAAGUCGGAGUUUGCAAGGUCCAAGGAGGCCAUCAAGUCCGCCACGCUGAUGGGCUCCUCACUCAUCGGGUCGAGCGCGCAGACGUACGCCCUUGCCGCGCUGCUAAAUAGCUCCGCAGCAGUGAGCUAUAAGGGCGCUGCAUAUAUUGGUGCGCUGGUGUUUGCAGCUACGUCGGUUCCUACUGUUGUCUCGCAGUUAUUCCAGGAGCGCGGCCCAGCGGAGUACUCAUACAUCGCUGUCCGUGCAACGGCGGGCUUGGUCGAGACAGUGGGGUUGGCAGUGUUCUUGACUUGGUGGGGAAUCCGGCCGGCGCAUGAUCUUCUCGGAUAAAGAUUAUCCUGGGGAAGUGAAUGAAUAGAGAGAGAGUAGGAUAAUCUACCUGAGUAUUUUUUUUUCUUCUUCUCUCCCUUGAGAAUGUAGUCGGUAGUUGGAUUACUCUUGAGGGGGAUUAUUUUUAUUUUUUAUUCCCCAAUACCGGGUCCUGAAAGUGCUCGACCUCACGAGUGUACUGCAAUAGCAUCUCAUUCCUAUGGGGAUAAUCUAAACCACCUACGGUACCGCAAAUGAUUAGAUGUGUGUGAAAACUUG